CUUCUCACCACUCCUCUCUUCUCUCUACCUCUGAAGUCAGUGCUGUCUGUCUGUCCAUUGCUGUGGCUUUGACAGAGUGGUGCUUUGAACUGAGAGCUGAUAUUCUACAGAUUGACCAGGGUGAAGGAGGACACUGGAGCGAACAUUGACCGUCUCCUGUGUGAGAUCUGAACUGGCCGUCGAGUGUCCUCAACAUCUUGGUAGGAGUGAGCUAAAAGAGGAAUACUCCGAACAGGUUAGGGCAUUGGACUAGCUGCAGUACUUGUGCAUAAUGACGGACAGCCCUGUGGAGACCGGUCCCAGCAGCCUCCGUCCCCUGGCCGUAACGGACCUCUCAGGCUUACUGUGUAACCAGUCAGCCUCUCUGGAGGACCAGGAUGUCCAGGGACCCCCGGUGCUGGUGGAUGCCUGGCUGGUGCCCACCAUGUUCAGCCUCAUCAUGCUGAUCGGCCUGGUGGGGAACUCUCUGGUCAUCCACGUUAUCACCAGGCACCAGCAGAUGAGGACCGUCACCAACUUCUAUAUAGUGAACCUGGCCACCACGGACAUAAUGUUCCUGGUGUGUUGUGUUCCCUUCACCGCUACCCUGUACCCUCUGCCGAGCUGGGUGUUCGGAGAUCUCAUGUGUCGUCUGGUCAGCUACCUACAACAGGUGGGCCACACACAAACCACAGACUGUCAGCUACCUACAACAGGUGGGUCACAAACACAAACCCCAGACUGUCAGCUACCUACAACAGGUGGGUCACAAACACACAAACCACAGACUGUCAGCUACCUACAACAGGUGGGUCACACACAAACCCCAGACUGUCAGCUACCUACAACAGGUGGGUCACACACAAACCACAGACUGUCAGCUACCUACAACAGGUGGGUCACAAACACAAACCACAGACUGUCAGCUACCUACAACAGGUGGGUCACACACAAACCACAGACUGUCAGCUACCUACAACAGGUGGGUCACACACAAACCACAGACUGUCAGCUACCUACAACAGGUGGGUCACACACAAACCACAGACUGUCAGCUACCUACAACAGGUGGGUCACACACAAACCACAGACUGUCAGCUACCUACAACAGGUGGGUCACACACAAACCACAGACUGUCAGCUACCUACAACAGGUGGGUCACACACAAACCACAGACUGUCAGCUACCUACAACAGGUGGGUCACACACAAACUACAGACUGUCAGCUACCUACAACAGGUGGGUCACACACAAACCCCAGACUGUCAGCUACCUACAACAGGUGGGUCACACACAAACCACAGACUGUCAGCUACCUACAACAGGUGGGUCACACACACAAACCACAGACUGUCAGCUACCUACAACAGGUGGGUCACAAACACAAACCCCAGACUGUCAGCUACCUACAACAGGUGGGUCACACACACACAAACCCCAGACUGUCAGCUACCUACAACAGGUGGGUCACACACACACAAACCCCAGACUGUCAGCUACCUACAACAGGUGGGUCACACACACACAAACCCCAGACUGUCAGCUACCUACAACAGGUGGGUCACAUAAAAGACACACACAGGGGUCAGAGUUGGACUCUGCAGGGUCUGUAUCUGUUUUGUCUAAACAUAGAAGCUCAAAUGUGAUUUUUGUGCUUUUAACUACAUUAUUGUAAAAAUUCAAUAGUGAUUAGUGUGUUCCAGGUGACCUGUAUAACUGUGUGUUCCAGGUGACCUGUAUAACUGUGUGUUCCAGGUGACCUGUAUAACUGUGUGUUGCAGGUGACCUGUAUAACUGUGUGUUCCAGGUAACCUGUAUAACUGUGUGUUCCAGGUGACCUGUAUAACUGUGUGUUCCAGGUGACCUGUAUAACUGUGUGUUCCAGGUGACCUGUAUAACUGUGUGUUGCAGGUGACCUGUAUAACUGUGUGUUCCAGGUGACCUGUAUAACUGUGUGUUCCAGGUGACCUGUAUAACUGUGUGUUCCAGGUGACCUGUAUAACUGUGUGUUCAGGUGGCAGGCCAGGCAACCUGUUUAUCUGUGUGUUCCAGGUAACCUGUUUAACUGUGUGUUCCAGGUAGCCUGUAUAACUGUGUGUUCCAGGUAGCCUGUAUAACUGUGUGUUCCAGGUAGCUUGUAUAACUGUGUGUUCCAGGUAACCUGUUUAACUGUGUGUUCCAGGUAGCCUGUAUAACUGUGUGUUCCAGGUAGCCUGUAUAACUGUGUGUUCCAGGUGACCUGUAUACCUGUGUGUUCCAGGUGACCUGUAUAACUGUGUGUUCCAGGUGACCUGUAUAACUGUGUGUUGCAGGUGACCUGUAUAACUGUGUGUUCCAGGUAACCUGUAUAACUGUGUGUUCCAGGUGACCUGUAUAACUGUGUGUUCCAGGUGACCUGUAUAACUGUGUGUUCCAGGUGACCUGUAUAACUGUGUGUUGCAGGUGACCUGUAUAACUGUGUGUUGCAGGUGACCUGUAUAACUGUGUGUUCCAGGUGACCUGUAUAACUGUGUGUUCCAGGUGACCUGUAUAACUGUGUGUUCCAGGUGACCUGUAUAACUGUGUGUUCAGGUGGCAGGCCAGGCAACCUGUUUAUCUGUGUGUUCCAGGUAACCUGUUUAACUGUGUGUUCCAGGUAGCCUGUAUAACUGUGUGUUCCAGGUAGCCUGUAUAACUGUGUGUUCCAGGUAGCCUGUAUAACUGUGUGUUCCAGGUAGCCUGUAUAACUGUGUGUUCCAGGUGACCCGUAUAACUGUGUGUUCCAGGUGACAGCCCAGGCGACCUGUAUCACUCUGU